AUGGCCACGCGCCGCUCUCAUCAAAAAUCGCGCCAUGGAUGCAGCAACUGCAAGCGACGACGAGUAAAAUCUAUCAGUGUGACGAGCAGCGGCCAGAUUGCCAAAAUUGCACUCAGCGUAAUGAUACAUGCGAGUACAUCACGUCGGUCCCUUUGGUUUUUUGCAGGCAGCUCGGGGAGGUCGACAGGAUCGUCAAGAAAGAGUGUGCGAGGUGUAAGAUCUUCAUCCGAGGCUAGCAGCCCCGCCCGCAGCUACAUUUCCCCGUUGGGUGCGACUAGUGGAGCCUCUCCGUUGAACUUGGCCCAUUUGGAGCUUGAACUCCAGUGGAUCAUGCAUACGCACAAAAUACUCGCAAGAAACGAAGAAACAAGAAAAGUCUGGGAGAUCCCAGUGCUUCAAGAGGCACUACACACUGCGUUCUUGAUGCACGGAAUCCUGGCCAUCUCCGCAUUGCAUCUGGCUCAUCUUCGCCAGGAUGAGCGCCAUGCAGAGUGGAUUAAUAUUGCUAUUGCGCACAAGAGCACGGCUUUGGCUCUUUUCUCGGAACAGCUGCAUAACAUCGACGAAUCCAAUGCACGAGCAAUGAUGAGUUUUGCCAGUAUUGCGGUGGUGUUUAGCUUUGCGAGCGCCCAUCAUUACUCCAACUCUGACGACGGACCUGGGUUGAAUGCCUUGAUUGAUAUUUUGAUGUUGGCUCGCGGAGUUCAGACCGUCGGAAAUCAAGUAAUGGAGUUUCUCCGGCACAGCAAUUUUGCGCCUUUGUUCGACAUCACAGACCCUGGGGCGACCGUCCCCGGUGAUGUUCUCGCGGCACUUGAUGCUCUUGAUGACUUUAAUGUUCAGUAUGGUCAGCGAAAAAAGAGCCACGAUGUAAAGUCUUACGAGCGCGCAAUUAGAAACAUGAAAGAUUUGGCUCCCUUUACCUAUGCGGAGCCAACGUCAUUGACGGUAGUGGGUGGGUGGGCUAUUCGAGCCCCUCCUGAAUUCUUGGAAGGGCUCAAAAAUCGAGAACCGCUUUCUUUAGUGAUACUUGCACACUUUUGCGUGUUUCUGCACAUCAGUCGAAAGAACUGGUACAUUGGAUCGUGGGGUCGACUCAUUCUCGGGGAAAUAGUGCAGAUCUUAGAGGCAAACUGGCAUCGUCACAUCAAAUGGGCAGUAGUGCAAGUAUUGAAAUAA